AAAUAAAGACGUGUAGUGAAGACAAAAGAAGAGUCACUAUAAAAACCAGAGAAGGGAAGAAACUGGGAGCGUGACCGACUGACAGCUGAACCGGCGACCACAGAGAAAGAUGCAUGCCUUCCUGCUGCUUGUCUGCUUUGUCCUCGCUGCGACAGAGUACUCCUUUUCCUCUGCCCACAUGAUCCCCGAUGAGUGUCUCCCCACAAAUAAGACAAUUAUUGUGAAGAAGCGCCCUCCUCCUCCUGCUAACUGCAUUCCCUUGUGGGGAAGCUGUAAAUCUCCCAGCAAUGUGUGCUGUGAUUUCUGUGCUUUCUGCCGGUGUCAGCUCUUCAGAACUGUCUGUUACUGUCGAAUGGGCAACCCUCGCUGCUGA